AUGGCCGAUACUAAUAAUAAUAAUGUUACAAAUCUAAACCAAAAUAAAACACCUCUUACAAUAACCGGUAACAGUGAAAUUUUAAGUAAAUUCUCCACAAAAAUAUUCGAAACUUAUAGAAAAUUAGCUUUAGAGAGAGGCAUACUCUCGUAUGAAUUGACCGCGCAGCCGGUAUCGGGUGUGGGUGAGAAUUCCUAUGGUUUUAUACUGCAAGUGUGUUUGAAAGCUACAAAAACCAUUAAUAAGGAAACGGAAGAUGCUGAGAAUCCCUUAACGUUUGUUACUAUUUUAAAAAUAUCUCCUAAAAAUCCAGCAUUUCGUGCCCAUAGUCGUAUUGUGGAUCUAUACAAACGUGAAGUGUUUAUGUAUCAACAGGUUUUCACAGAAUUCCUUAUUUUAGAACAAGAACGACUAAGGGAAUUGCAAACUUCAGCUAAACCUAACGGUGAUAGUGAGUCAACUGUAUGCUUUAAUAUAGUUCCCGAAAUCCUCUCUGCCAAUUUAGAUUUAGACGAUGAAUUCAUUAUUUGUGAGGAUUUAACCUUAAGUGAUUAUAGGCAAAAUUCACGCACCGAUAUGCCCACCUAUGAUUUAGUAAGUGCCACAUUUCGUGCCAUCGCCAAAAUGCAUGCCAUGUCUUUUGUGUUGCAACAACGCAAACCGGAACUUUUUGCAAUGCUAGCAAAUGAAAUGAGUGAUAAUCUUUUCACCCCUGACAUGGAACCUUUAACGGUGGAAUUUGGCAAAAAAUAUAUAAGACGUACGAGAGUAAUGCUGGAACAAGAUCCGAAAGCUUCGAGAAAACAAAUAGAGGCUUUGAAAACAUUGGAGAGCAAUUUCAAAGAGAUUUGUUUGCAAUGUGUAGAUGGCAAGCGUGUGGCACCGUAUGCGGUUUUGUGUCAUGGAGAUUUUUGGAAUAAUAAUAUACUUUAUAAAUAUGAUUUGCAACAUCAAGCCACCUCCGCCAAAUUAAUCGAUUUUCAAUUAUCCCGCUAUGCCUCGCCCAUACUUGAUUUGGUACACUAUCUGUACGCCUGCACUGAACGGGAUUUGCGUAAUAAACAUUUUAUGGAAUUUAUGGAUAUUUAUCAUCAAACCUUAACCCAGCACAUACAAUUCUAUGGCCUUAAUAUUGAAGAAAUCUAUCCUAAAAGCAUAUUUCUACAACAAUUAAAAGAUUUUGGUAUUUAUGGUUUUUGUAUGGCCGCCUUUUCCAUACCGUUCUUUAUAUCAAACACCAGUGAAUUGCCUGAUUUAGAUGAGGUAGCCAGUGCCAUAAGGGAAAUAUCUUCCACAGAAAAUUCCGAUGAAGAAGUGGAGGCGAAUGAGGAUACCCACGAUGCCACCACCAAACGUUUGGAACUAUUAGAGGAAUAUGAUUUAUUAAGUGAGCGCACUUUGCCCAUAUUUAAGAGACGCAUGUGUGCUAUUGUCAAGGAUUUGGAAAAGUAUGAAAUGUUGGAGAAUAUUUGAAACUGUUUCUUUAACCUCUGAUUAAUUACAAUUACAGUAUUACAAAAUUAUGUAUUUUGUAUAUUUUGUUUGUUUUGUUUUUAUUAUUAUUAUUAAUUAAAGUAUAUUUUUUAAUAUAUAAUUAUAUAUUUAUAUUUCACUUCACUAUAAUUAAAUUACAAAAACACAAUUAUUUAAAAUUAUUGUAGAAAAAUAGAAAAAUAAUGUUGAUUUUAUAAAAAAAAAAAAAAACUAAAAAUUGUAGCACACCAAAGUUAGGAGAUUUAACUGAAAACUAAGUAUUCAAUAAAAGUUAUAUGUAUAUAAAUAAACCAAUAAAUCAAA